AUGGAGUUGCCAAGAACUCACCGGAGGGCCCGAGCAAGUAUUCGAGGAGGCACUACGGAUGACUGCUCUCCGCCGAGCGGAUCAGCUCGUGGGACUAGCGGCAACAAGAAACAGUCCACCAUGGUUGGGCGCGACCGAGCAGAAGUUUCAAAGAAUCCAGCUACUCUGAAGAUGUCGUCUGGAUCGUGUGGUAGUGGAAGUCGUGGUUCAACUUCAAAUUUGGACCCUCCAGUUGACGGGCUUCAGUGCUUGCACAGAGUCCAACCAGAUUUCUUGACCUCGAACACCGAUACGAAUCCGGCUAGGAGGUAUCAUCGAUGUCCUCACAGAAAUACUGCACGUGAUUGUAAAUUUUUUGUUUGGCAUGAUGCUGAAUUACCACCAUUUCAGAAAGCCUGUUUUUUGAAGUUGAAGAAUCAAAGAAAUUUGUUGGAGGAACAAUUAAAAAGCAAGGAUAUUGUUGAAAAGCAACUCAAUGAAAAGCUUCAGAAUAAGAAAAACAAGUUGCAGCAGUUGAAGAAGAAAAUGGAAGAAUUGGAGAGGACAAAUCAUGACCAGAACAAGAAAAUUGAAGAAUUGGAGAGGAAAAAUCACCAGCAGAACAAGAAAUUGAUUUUUGAGAGGAAGUUUGCUAUGUUGCUAUUGCUUUGUGCAUUUCUAGCUGUGUUUAAGUUUAAUAGAAUGUUUUCUAAUGUUAGUUUGAUGCUGAACUAG